UAUACUUCCUCUAUAGCAUGGACUCAGUCACAGAGUAAAAUACAUAACAACAUAAGUGUAUAUUUUUUGCAUCACUAUAUUUUGUUUAUUUAUAUAAAUAAUAAUGGGAAGUCCAGAGCGCGAAUUAUGCCCUCCACCCUCAGAAGAAGAUGAUUUAACAUUACCUAGAGCCAGUAUUAACAAAAUGAUAAAAGAAUUGGUGCCAUCAGUACGAGUCGCAUUUGAAUCUAGAGAAUUAAUAUUAAAUUGUUGCACAGAAUUUAUUCAUUUACUAAGCUCAGAAGCCAACGAAGUCUGCAAUCAGAACAAUAAGAAAACUAUUAAUGCUGAACAUGUACUCACAGCACUAGAUAGAUUGGGCUUCAAUGAUUAUACAUUAGAAGCUGAAGCUGUUCUUAAAGAUUGUAAAGCUGUGGCAGCUAAACGAAGAAGACAGAGCACACGACUUGAAAAUUUGGGAAUACCAGAAGAGGAAUUGUUAAGACAACAACAGGAACUAUUUGCAAAGGCCCGAGAAGAACAAGCUAAACAGGAUCAACAACAAUGGUUGCUGCUGCAGCAACAAGGACUUGUUGGUACUGAGGGCACACCACAACCAUAUGUUCCACCACCUACAUGCAUUAAAAAUGAAGACGAUGAAGAUGAUGACUACUCCUAGAUACUGUUAUAGUCAACAUUAAUAUAUGCGUAUUAAAAACAAGCAAGUCCUGAUUAGUCUUGGAAAUGCAAGUUGAUGUUUAUCAGUUCUUUUUUUAAGCAAUUAAUAUAAAAUAAUAAUCAAUUCCAGAUAAAUAACAAAAAAUACUAAAAAAUGUGUAGGAAUAGAAAAUACUAAAUAUUGUUACUUAUAAAUUACUUAUUACUCUACACUAAGCAGCAUUUAAUAGUUAUUUGUAAUUAUAUAACAGAAACAAUACCGCAAUAAUAUAUAAUCAAUU